AACUGAUCUACAAAGCGUUAGAAGCCCAAAGUAGAUACCGACCAUUAGAAAACGCCAUCGGUUGCAGUUUGCAAACCCUUUAUGAAUGGUGCCUUAUCCUGAAGUGGCACAGAAGCAAGUGAAGGGCACGAACACUGGUUCCAGCCUACACUGCAACGGGAAAUGCUAAUCUCCAGCCAUGCCUACCCAACUCCCCACUUUCCCACACUCCACUGGCGACACUGCUCGCCGUGUGUGUGUGUGUGUGUGUGUGUGUGUACUAUGACCCUCUCAGAGCAGUAAAAUUACUUCAUACUGACUUUGAAUUCCUCAGUCUUUGUGAAGUACAACUGAACCAACACGGUUUGCUUUCAGGUGACCCUCAAUCAGGUGAGUUUUAAAAAAAAAAUCAAAAAAAAAACAACCCCACACCGGCGGCAUGGAGCUGGGGGAGUGCACCAGAAACCCCGGGUAUAAGGAUGUGGAAGAUGUCGGGUCAGCGGCCGAAAGCAUCCGCGCCGAGCCCGCGGAGAAGCCGGACCCGAUCGCGGCCGAGGAGUACACGCAGCUCACGACGUACGCCGGGAUGCCCAAGGAGGUGCUGCUGCUGUACUCCUCUCAAGCCCGGUACCGGGUGCCCCGAGAGAUCCUGUUCUGGCUGACGGUGGCCUGCGCCCUGGCGCUGGUGGCGCUCACCGUCACGGUGAUCGCGCUGUCUCCGCGGUGCCUGAGCUGGUGGCAGGCCUCCCCGGUGUACCAGAUCUACCCCCGCUCCUUCAAGGACUCGGACGGCGACGGGGUCGGGGACCUCAAAGGAAUUCAGGAACAGUUGGAUCACUUCCAGUACCUGAAGAUCAAGUCAGUUUGGAUCAGUCCUUUCUACCGUUCUCCCAUGAAAGACUUCGGCUAUGAUGUGGAAGAUUUCCGGGCCAUCGACCCCCUCUUUGGAACCAUGCAGGACUUUGAGGAGCUCCUGGCUGAAAUGCACAACAAAGGUUUGAAGCUGAUCAUGGAUUUCAUUCCCAAUCAUACCAGUGACCGACAUCGCUGGUUUAACAUGAGCCGGAUGAGAGAUCCUCACUACGAGGAUUACUACAUCUGGACUGACUGCAAUGCGACCGCACCAAGACCUAAUAAUUGGGUGAGUGUGUUUGGGAACUCGUCAUGGACUUACGAUGAAGUUAGAGGACAAUGCUACCUUCACCAGUUCCUCAAGGAGCAACCAGACCUCAACUUCAGAAACCCACGUGUCCGCCAAGAGAUGACCGAUAUUAUUCAUUUCUGGCUGGGGAAGGGAGUGGACGGGUUCCGAAUGGAUGCAGUGAAGCACAUCCUGGAGGCUGCACACCUGAGGGAUGAACCACAGGUGGACCCAAACAAACCACCAGAAUCUGUAACUUCAGAGUGGGACCUUCACCACGACUACACCACCAAUCAACUGGGGUUGCAUGACCUGCUGAGGGACUGGAGGGCAGAGAUGGACAUCUACAGCCGUGAGCCUGGCAGAUACAGGUUCAUGGUGACAGAGUCAUAUGAUUACCAUGAGGUGGACAAGACUAUGAUGUACUAUGGUACCCCGCUGGUUAAGGAAAGUGACUUCCCCUUUAACUUUUACCUGCUGGACCUGCCUCAGAACACUACUGGCUUGUGGGUUCAACAUCUGGUCCACCUCUGGAUGGCCAACAUGCCCAAGGGACAAUGGCCCAACUGGGUGGUUGGAAACCAUGACAAGCCUCGAAUUGCCUCCAGUGCUGGUCAGACCUAUAUUCGUGUCAUCAACAUGCUGCUGCUGACCCUUCCAGGCACGCCCAACACCUACUAUGGCGAGGAGAUCGGCAUGGAAAACAUUAACGUCACAGAGAGUCAGAUACAGGACCCAGCUGGCAAAUACAAUGCAAGUGCUAGUCGGGACCCUCAGCGAUCUCCAAUGCAGUGGAGCAGUGACAUGAAUGCAGACUUUAACAACAAAACCAACAUCACCUGGUUGCCUGUACACCCAAACUACAGAAGCGUCAAUGUGGAGGUCCAGAAGAAAGAUGAAGGCUCUGUUCUGGCUCAGUACCGUUUACUGAACAACCUGCGUCAGUCAGAGCUCCCCCUUCAACGUGGGUGGUUCUGCUACAUCCAUGCUGAUGCCAGUGUCUUCUCUUACCUCAGAGAGCUUGACGGGCUUGACCAAGCUUUCCUCAUGGUGCUUAACUUUGGCAAAGAAUCUGCCAUCACAGAUCUCUCCUCUAUUCAUGAGUUACCAGACCAAUUGAAAGUGCUGAUGAGCACAAAGCAAGUCAACGAUGGAAAAGUGUUGCAAAAGUCUCGUAUCCUGACAGAAGCAGGAGAGGGUUUGGUGAUUCAGUACUCCACUCACACUCGGUUUAAUCCAAACCACCCCAAACAGUGCUACGUGUCUGAAAAGGCCUGCUAUUUGGGGGCCAUGGACAUACUUUAUAAAUGCUGAUAUGAAUGGA